CAUAGAUAUACACACACCAAAGCUAUUGGGUUAUAACCUUGAGGAAGGAAGAGAUUCAAUUGCUGUUAUUGUUGACACUACUGAUUUGCUGUGUUCUCUUUUUUUGUUAUUCUCUCCUCCCGUUUCCGGUCCAUCGUCAAUUCAUCUGACCCAUCUUAAGUGUACCAAUACGUCUCAUCCAAUCUAUACAACCUAAUCAUGAGUCACAACACAGAGGGUAGUUCAAAGUUAUCUACCCCCGAGAGUAUAGGACGCUUAUCACAGGCAUCUCCUACACGGUAUUCCAAAGCUACACAUUUAUCCGAGUUCUAUCCAUACCUGAACAAGCCCGUCUUCAAUAGCGACAAUAACAAUAAUACCAACCAUGUUGGGGCUGUCACAAGUACAGCCACCAGUGAAGGCUAUUCAUCUACACGCUCUAGAAAGCCAUCGCUAAGCACGAUGAACUCUUUUACGUCUUUUGCACCUUCAACAUUGGAUUUCAAUAGGCUAUUGACCAAGACAGAUAUAGUGCAAACUUCAGAGACGUUUAACGAAAUCUUGGAUUCCGCUAGAGAAUAUCGAAGAGCAUUGCUGACAUUAGCAGAAGCGGCAGAGAACUUCGGCUCAAGCUUAGAGAAAGGAUCCAAGUGUAAAGGGUCAGGGACUGCUGCAGAUGGACUGCUAUCAGCAAGCGGUCUUUUCUUUCUUGUGGCGAACCAUCAACAGAUCUUAGCACAUAGCGUUGAGGAAUCGUUUGCACAGCCAAUGGCACAGGAGAUUGCACUUUUUAGAGAGAAAGCGAAAAAUAAUGAUGAAUUGUUCAGAGUUAACAUUAGAGACAGUGUGAAGACUUUGAAACAGCAAGAACGGGAGAACGCCAAAUUAUCAAGGUCCAAGACCCGUAACCUUGUGGCAUACAAGAACAAACUACUCCAAUUGACAUCACAUAUUGACGAGAUUGAUAAAUUGAAGCAUGACUAUUACCAAAGCUCAUUUGAUCUGGUGCAAAGUACAUCUAUGGAGAUUAUGAAGAAACUAGGCUCUAUCGUACGUGCACAAGUUGAAAUAUCCGAAGGGAUAGCCAAGAAAGGAUGGUCUGGUGGUGGACUAGACGAUUUGAUCGUACAAUGUGCCGAUCCUUUCACACCAGAGGAGGAGGAUGACAAUACCAUUGAGGAAGAGGAAGAGGAGGACGAACAAGAACAGCCUAAAUUAGAGGAACAAGCAGCGGAGACUACAACCUCCCUUCGACAUCUAGAGAUAGGCGAUAAGAUGAUUGGAAUAGAUCGAGUUGGCUCAGUGGUGGAGCCGAUAUUGACUCAUCAGCAAUCCAUCAGAACAUUGAAAUCUGCGGCAGACACUUCUUUAUAUUCUAGUACACCUCUAAAGUCUAAGCUGAAGGAGAAGAUUCUUAAUAAGACCGAUAAUGCAGCUGGUGAUACCUCAUUGGAUGACAAUUCAUUUUCUCUGCCAGUUUUACAUGGAUCUUCAAGAGUUUUAAAUGGUGAUGAGGUGGGAAAAGACGAACCUGAAGAAGAGGCAGAGGCAGAAGCAAAAGCAGAAGCAGAGGCAGAAUCAGAACCAGAACCAGAACAUGAAACCAAAUCAGAAGACUCACAAAUGAUAGCACCAUCUUCACCUUUGAGGAACGUGUGGAACACAGAAGAAUAACAAACGCUCUAAUCCCAUCUUUUUGUAUCACUUCGA